AUGGCUUCGUUGUCGCUUGGGCAGAAUUCUAGUUUUCCUACGACUUUGAUCACGAGCUUCACUUCGUCAAUUCCUUUGACUACCACUUCAUUACCGUCUUUGACUCCGUCCAGUUCGACGUCGUCGGCUUGUACGGCUGCAUCUAGCAGCUCAGCAACCGCUGCCUGUGGCGUAACUGAUUCCGAACUCGUGGACGCGCUCGGCGGAUGGGACUGGACGUACGUGAUCCUGAUCGUGCCCUUCGGUCUCCUUGCACUUGGGUGGAUCUUCGCAGGUCUACUUUUCGGUUUCGCCAAGGUUUUCGAAAUGUUUCAGAAGUUGGUUUCCAGUAGCAAGGUUAGGUGGAAGAAAUGGGUUAGUGACAGAAAGGUGAAGAAGGCGAAUCGGAAGAAGGAGAAGUUUGAACGGCGGGUGAAGAGACACGAGGAAAGGGUUAGGAAGAAGGCUGAGAAGAGGGAGAAGGUACUGGCGAAGGCUGGGAAAACGGGUGUUGAGGGGUUGUAA